AUGGCUAUUGACGCCAUUGGCCCAUUGGCUAGCUAUAAUUCUAGAGCGCUGCGAAGAUGCAAGCUCGUCGAAGAUGCAGAUACCCAGGCCGAGGACGUCUCCGAUGGCAUUUCGAUAAUCAGUGACUGCGAAAGCACUGGACGCAUUUCACCACAUCCCUUUCUGCGCGAGCAUCUCAAUGAGCUUAGCUUUAAGUUCGAUGCGGGCCACGAGCUGCCACUUCUGGGCAAUUUGCCUGAGCUCAAUACCGGCCAAGAGAUACGCGAGCGAAGACGUGCCGCUGGCCUGCAACUGGAUGACGCAGCACCGUCUGCGGCAGCAUCAGCUGCCUCAUCUGUGCUGGGCUAUCGUCUGCCCCCGUUGGUGCAGAAUGGCUUGACCGCUGUCUUCUAUGUUGGCGCCACUUUGGCCAUUUUGGCAUUUAUUGGCCGUUUGCGUAAUCCCGAGUGGCAGGUGCUUGGCGGCGGUAAGCCCAUUGCCGAUCUGAAUCAGCGUAUGGUUGAGCUCGAGCUGCAAAAUAAUCUGAUGCGCGCCGAGAUUGAUAUUAUGUCCAAACAGCUGCUGUAUCUCAACUCCAUGGCUGGUCAGGGACAGGGCCAGGGCCAGGGCCAGGCGCGCAAGUUAAAAACAUUUAAGGCCUGGCCCGGCAAUGGCAACUCUGGGGAUCCAGUGGAUAUUACCAAGGCGGACUUGAAGCGUCCGUACAAAUGUCCAAAUGGCAACUAUGUGGAAAUCGCCGCCAUGUGCAUGGAAAUGAAACCGCAUGCCGAAUCUCUAGUCGAUGAGAUUGGUAAUGUGGUCAACGAUGUGCUGCAGCAAUCUCCAGCUUUUCAGAACUUUGAAAAGGUCACCGAGCGGCUAGGCACACUCGCUGGCAAAGACGCACCGCCCACUGAGACAGACACACCCACAGGCAAACCCACUGUCGGUGCCAGCGAACCAUCCAAAGCUUUCCAUGCGCAUGGCGAAAAGUUGCGAGCGCCGCCAAUAGACAACGGCAAUCGCUAUCCAAAUAUGGAUGCCUCCAAGGAGCGCUACAAGACCAAAUACAAUCAGAAGCGUCAGGAGCACAAGCACGACUCGAAGGAGCGAUACAAUAGGAAGUAUUUGGACAAGUCCAAGGAGCAGCAGCACGGCAGGAAGCAGCGUCAUGGCGAUAACGAUGAUAGCGGCAGCGGCGAGUGGCACGAGCGCAUGAUGCAACAUCGUGAGCAAUCACGCCAGCGGAAUGAACAGAAGCACAACCACAAUUGGUAUAUCGAGCGCGGUGGCAGUCGGGAGCAGAUUCGGUCCAGCGAGACGCGACGCUGA